CGCGUCCACGUGGAGGGUGUGCGCGUGUGGCCGAGAUGCGUGUGCGCGGCCCUGCGUGUCGCUGUGCGUGCGCGGGUGGCCCUGAGUCUGGCGCCCAGGUGUUCAAGCGUGGGUGUGUGUGUGGGGGGGUGGGGACAGGUACACACGUUUCGGAUGUCCGAGCGUCUGUGCGCGUGUACACACGUGUGGACGGUGUGCACACGUGUCUCUAGGGGAUCAAGCUGCUGCUGGCACCCCUGCGUGGCUGGGGGCACCUGUGUCCACGCCCCGUGUGUUUCUGUGUGUGCUUGUGCAUACGUGGAUCUGUAUGCGUGUGAGAACACAGGAGGUUGGGGAUUUCCGGGGGGUGCAUACAGGAAAAAGAGGCUCAGCCCCCCCAGCCACCCCUGCCGUGGGGUCCACGCUGGAGACAGGGUGAAAUGCCCCCACCCAGCACCAGCGAGCCACUUUGUGUGUCCCUCCUGGGGCACAGUGGGGGGAUCAGAGAGGCCCAGCUGGCAGCCCAAGGAGCCCAGCUGGGCUGCGUGCCCCCCUCCCCCCCAGGGUCAGCGAUUCUCGGGAGUGACCUUGAGUCAUCCUCUGCUCCCACUUAGCAAGAAAGAGGAAGAACCAGCCUCGAUUAGGUGGCACCGAGCUCCCCACGCACCGUGCGGGCUGCUGGGGCCCGAGCCAGGCGCUUCCGCCCUCCCCAGCCUGUGGCCACUUGCUCUCUGCCCACCUUGUGCCUCAGUUUCCCUUUGGGGAUGAUGGCGAGGUGAGCCCUCGCUUCCUCGGCACCCAGCACCCCCUCCCGUCUCAGCCAGGAUGCCAACGAGGCGCUGGGCCCCGGGCACCCAAUGCAUCACCAAGUGUGAGCACACGCGCCCCAAGCCGGGGGAGCUGGCCUUCCGAAAGGGCGACGUGGUCACCAUCCUGGAGGCCGGCGAGAGCAAGAGCUGGUACCGGGCCAAGCACCACGCCAGCGGGCAGGAGGGGCUGCUGGCGGCGGGCGCGCUGCGCGAGCGCGAGGCCCUCUCUGCGGACCCCAAGCUCAGCCUCAUGCCGUGGUUCCACGGCAAGAUCUCGGGCCAGGAGGCGGUGCAGCAGCUGCAGCCGCCCGAGGACGGGCUGUUCCUGGUGCGCGAGUCGGCGCGGCACCCCGGCGACUACGUGCUCUGCGUGAGCUUCGGCCGCGACGUCAUCCACUACCGCGUGCUGCACCGCGACGGCCACCUGACCAUCGACGAGGCCGUCUGCUUCUGCAACCUCAUGGACAUGGUGGAGCAUUACAGCAAGGACAAGGGGGCCAUCUGCACGAAGCUCGUGAAACCCAAGAGGAAGCAGGGCACCAAGUCGGCGGAGGAGGAGCUGGCCAAGGCCGGCUGGUUGCUGGAGCUGCAGCAUCUGACACUGGGAGCGCAGAUCGGCGAGGGCGAGUUCGGAGCCGUCCUGCAGGGCGAGUACCUGGGCCAGAAGGUGGCCGUGAAGAACAUCAAGUGCGACGUGACGGCUCAGGCCUUCCUGGACGAGACGGCGGUCAUGACGAAGAUGCAGCACAAGAACCUGGUGCGGCUGCUGGGCGUGAUCCUGCACCAGGGGCUGUUCAUCGUCAUGGAGCACGGCAACCUCGUGAACUUCCUACGGACGCGAGGCCGGGCCCUGGUCAACACGCCGCAGCUCCUGCAGUUUUCCCUGCACGUGGCCGAGGGCAUGGAAUACCUGGAGAGCAAGAAGCUGGUGCACCGGGACCUUGCCGCCCGCAACAUCCUCAUUUCCGAGGACCUGGUGGCCAAGGUCAGCGACUUCGGCCUGGCCAAGGCCGAGCGGAAGGGGCUGGAUUCCAGCCGGCUGCCGGUCAAGUGGACGGCGCCCGAGGCUCUCAAACAAGGGAAGUUCUCCAGCAAGUCGGACGUCUGGAGUUUCGGGGUCCUGCUCUGGGAGGUCUUCUCCUACGGCCGGGCUCCGUACCCCAAGAUGUCGCUGAAGGAGGUGUCGGAGGCCGUGGAGAAGGGCUACCGCAUGGAGCCCCCCGAGGGCUGCCCGGGCCCCGUGCACGCGCUCAUGGGCAGCUGCUGGGAGGCCGAGCCCGCCCGCCGGCCGCCCUUCCGCAAACUGGCCGAGAAGCUGGCCCGGGAGCUGCGCACCGCCAGUGCCUCGGCCCCUGCGGGGGCGCAGGACGCGGACGGGUCCACCUUGCCCCGCGACCAGGAGCCCUGACUGCCCGGCGGCCAGGCCCGGAGGACCGAGGUUGUGGGGGGCAUGGGUGGGGCUGCGUGCCAGCCCGAGGAGGGUCGGGACCCAUGAGGUGCCCGCCUGGCUCACGGUGCAGGGGCCGGCUGGCCUGGGGGCUCGGCAGCCC